CUUCGGUUCUCUAUAAUUGGAUAGCGAGACAUGGCUAACCUUCAGUGUAAGAAUUCUCUAGGUCAACCGCGUGAUUCGAAACUUUUUCCGAGUAUGGCCUCAGAAGCAUUGGUGGGGCUUGACCUGGUUUUCACAAAUGACGUAUCGUCACAGUUUUCUACAGUUUUAUCUUAUGGCUUUUCGUUUCUUUGCAUAGAUUUGUUUCAUCCGAAGUUAAUUACUGAAAAACUCUCGGUUAGUUCUUCUGAUGCUGUUCCACGUUCUGACCUUGCAUAUGAUAAAAAUGGUAAGAGUAUCACAAAGUCGUUGGUUGGUAAGGUAUCGACAACCAUUGAUGUCGAUGCUGAUAUUUUAUCUAUCCGUCAAACUGGUGCUCAACUCUUAAUGAAGGAACUUAGCUGGGCUGCACAUCUUGGCUUACCCGCCGUAAGCAUCAGAGUUAAUCGUCCAACCAAUCCUAAUCUGGCUAGGUUAUUAAUAAAUUUUAUACGUGGAGAAUAUAUCCCGAUCAAGAUAUGGCUAGUAUUUCCAAUGAUAAUUGACUUCAACAGCUUUGAUAAAAAAGAUAUGAAUGAAAACAAAGAAUCAACACUGGAUGAAGUAUCAGUCUACUCACCUUGGCAUUGGUGGCUAAAUUUGUCGACCAUGGCGGCUGAUAUCUCAGAUGCUCUUGGUAUUGUUCUUGAGAUACAGAAUGACCUACCUGAUGAGUCAGUGAUUGCAAGAUGGUUUGUUAUUUUUGACAAAUGCGAAGGGAUACCCUGUACUGCCAAAAAGUCAUCAAUAUAUAAUCAGUCGGUUCUUCAAGGUACUUAUGAGUCUUCAUGUUUCGUUUAA